AUGAAGCUGCGCGUUGUGUUGCUCGUCUUUUGUGCGGUUUUAUCGGUAGACGCAAGUGGUGAUGGUCUCGAGAGCAACGAUGGUAAUUCAACGGAAAAAGUGGAGGAAAUCGGAUGGAAAUUGAUCCUAACCAAGUUCGAUGAUGUCUCGAGCAAGCUACAGAAUAUAGAGGGCAAACUGCAGACAUUGGAAGAGCAGACGAAGAAGACGGAAAGCAUGCAAUUGCAGUUGCAAAAUAUAGAAAACAAGCUGCAGAAAAUAGAGAACGAGAUCCAUAAACAGCGCUCCAGCCAAAAUGAAAUGCUUGUAACGCUUCAGACCCCCGAAGAUCAUGUAGCUCUCAACGUCAGCGAGCAACAAAAUCAAAACCAAGAGAAGCUCCACAGUGCGUUGCAGAACCUUGAUCGAGAUGUAGGACGGGUGCUACAAAAUCAAAACAAUGUUAUACCGUCAUCUUGCAAGGAUAUACUGUCUGUCUCGAAUAUCUCGGGAACAUAUAUGAUCCGCGUGAAUACUGAUAGUGAACCAUUCAGAGUGUAUUGCGAACAACAAGUGUACGAUGGUGGAUGGAUCGUCAUUCAGCACCGUUUUAACGGAUCGCUGGACUUUUACCGUGACUGGAAUGAGUAUCGCGAUGGGUUCGGUGAUUUGGAAAAUGAGUUUUGGUUAGGCUUGGAGAAAAUUCAUCAGAUAACAAAGGCCCGUAAGCAUGAGCUGAUCGUCGAAUUGAAGGACUUUGACGGAGAAUACAAGUACGCUCGCUACGCUGCAUUCGGAAUAGGAAAUGGGAGUGAGGAGUAUGCCUUGAAGCAUCUGGGAAUGUAUUAUGAUGGAACUGCAGGCCCUGGAAUGUGGUUGAAUAAAGGGAUGAAGUUCUCGACAAAGGAUCGCGAUAACGAUGAGCACAGCAGUGAACAUUGUGCUCAAGUUCACGAAGGCGCCUGGUGGUAUAAUGCAUGUUCCGAUGCAAAUUUAAAUGGUCGUUACUUGAAUGCCCAAAGUUAUAAAUCUAUGAUUUGGUAUGAUUUCGAUGACGAUAACCAAGGGUUGGCUUACUCAAGGAUGAUGAUCCGGCAACUCGAAUAA